AUGGACCCUAGCUCGGAAAUCAAGCCGUCAAGUGGUCAACUGGAUAAAGUCACAGACCGUCUUAGCCUCUACCGCAACCAACUCCUCCAAUCCCCGAUCCACUCUACAGCACAACCCUUCAACAACUACAACGCAGCAUCGACCCUCCCCCAAAAUACCACCGCAAUGUCUCGCGACCCCAUUACCUGUCACGUCCUGAACACCCUGACGGGUACUCCCGCGGCGAACCUCCCAGUGACACUCACCCUCCUAUCUGCACCCUCCAGCAGCAGCCAGAGUCCCAUCACUUUCCAGGCGACGACCGACGCAGACGGACGAGUCAAAAACUGGGAACCCACCACAACUUCAUCGUCCGCUUCGUCGGUCCCCGCUAUCCUUUCUGCACUCCCAACUGCCGAUAGCAAGACAAAUUGGUCCGUUCGCUUUGACGUUGGUCCAUGGUACGAGGCACAAGGAGUUGAGAGUUUCUGGCCCGAGGUCGAGGUGAAGUUUACGGUCAAGGGACGGGGCCGGGAGGGAGAAGAAGGAUGGCGGCAUUAUCACGUUCCCGUGCUGUUGGGACCCUGGAACUAUUCGACUUAUCGCGGCUCAUGA